AUUUUUAUCAGAUAGCUCUUCAUUUUGCAAGUACAUAGAGAGCUAAUAGUGGUCCAUUUGAAGUUAAAGUGCUGUGUUUGAAGUAUUAGAUAGUAAUAGCAGCUGAGUAAUAUAGCAGAUGUUCCUGAGACCUGUGUGUCUAGUGCUGUUGGUUGCCUGCCUCGCUGUGGCCGAUGACAGUGACGACCUCCGUGACUCACGCGGUGACGUUGUGCAGUGCAUCCCACAUGAGUGCAACAAGCCCUGCAACCCUCCACCAUACUACUGCCCCUCAGGAGUUGUAAAGAACUGUGGUUGCUGUGAUGUAUGCUGGAUACACUUGAAAAAUGGAGAAAGGUGCCGCAAGGUAGUUCCCGAAAACACAAUGUGCGGGCCACAUUUAGUGUGCGGUUCUAGAGGUGUGUGUGUGCCCCUGACUAGAGAAAAUGUGGAAGAUGAUGAAGACAGCUUGAACAGCUCUGAGUAAGACCCUGCAUACAAAAAAGCAAUGCCGUGCUUGCACGUAACUUCUAUAAGUUUUAAUA